GAGAUCUCUCCUUGUUCUGGCAGAAUUUGUCUAAUUCCAUCGCAGGUCGGAAAUGCUGCAGAAAUGACUCCCCAACAGUGGGAGUCCGAUAUCCAACAAGCCAAAGACGCCCACAUCGACGGUUUCGCGCUCAACAUCGCCGCCAAAGACCCCAACACCGACGGCAUCCUGCAGAACGCCUAUGCGGCCGCCGAGGCCGUCGGCGACUUCAAGCUCUUUCUCUCCUUCGACUAUGAGGCUGAGGGUCCCUGGCCCAUGGACAGCGUAAUUGCCAAGAUCAACACCUACAAGAAUUCCACCGCCCAGUUCCGGUUCCAGAACAAGCCCCUGGUGUCGACCUUCGAAGGCACGGGCAAUGUCGACGACUGGCCCAAGAUCAUCGAGGCCACCGGCAUCUCGUUCAUCCCCUGCUGGACCAGUCUGGGGCCGUCUGGGCUGGUGUCUGCUCUGAAGAUCGUCGACGGCUUCUUCAGCUGGGAUGCCUGGCCCGUCGGGGCGGAGGACAUAACCACCUCCAGCGACGAGGCCUGGAUCGCGGCGCUCAGCGGCAAGCCGUACAUGAUGCCCGUGUCGCCGUGGUUCUACACCAAUCUGCCGCAGUGGAACAAGAACUGGCUGUGGCGAGGUGACGAUCUGUGGCAUGAU